UAGUCACUGUUGAAGCUAACAACAUUUGGCUAGUGAGUGUUAGCAUGCUAACCGUUAGUUAGCAGCAGGCCUGGCGCAGGGUCUGUUUGUUUUCCCCGCCUGCUGCUCUCUGCUGUCACCCGUUGUUCUCAUAGGGCAGGCUAAUAAGCUAACAGAGUCCUGAGAGUCGCAGCCCUGCAUUCCAAAAGGGAAGAGGAGUACUUCACCAUGAGCUCAGACGAUGGUGACAUGGAGAACCAGGCUGAGCUGGAAGAGAAGACGAGGCUCAUCAACCAGGUGUUGGAGCUUCAACACACUUUAGAGGACUUGUCUGCCAGAGUGGAUGCUGUCAAAGAGGAGAACCUGAAGCUGAAGUCAGAGAACCAGGUUCUGGGUCAGUACAUUGAGAACCUGAUGUCUGCCUCCAGUGUCUUCCAGACCACGGACACCAAGAGCAAACGAAAGUGAGGAGAACUUCUGAGAGCCCUGACCUAGAACACAGUCCACGCCCUGAACCCAACCGGACUCUGAUGAUCCACAUGAUGGACCCUUUAAUGCUGCCUGAGCCGUAAACGUGGUUUCAUUCAGUGUGUGGUGGGAACACAAAGGCCUCAUCGCAUCUUUGUUCAGAGCGACCAAUCAGCACCACAGCUUUGGAAGUGUGGAAGAUGAAUACAUUGUGUGAGCUGUG